UGAUUGGUGGUGGUGAAGAGCGCGGCGCGUGCACUCACUUCUCUCGUUCUCUCUCUGUCCAAAGUCCGAAGUGAAACUCCCCUGUCUACCCCACUCCCCAGUCCUCUGCUUUUUAUUUCACCAGUUCAGCUUCAUCUCCUUUCCAAGCUAAAAAGCUCUCCUUUCUCUUCUCUCUCUCUCAGUCGACGACGACGCACCAAUGGCGAAGCCGCCGUCAUUGUUCCUCAUUCUCAUCUCCCUUUCUUCUCUCGCAUUCCUCUCCGAAUCUAGACUCUCCUACAACUACUACGAUCAAUCCUGUCCUAGAUUCACUCAGAUCAUCCAAGAAACCAUUACCAACAAGCAAAUCACCAGCCCAACCACCGCCGCCGGCACUCUCCGUGUCUUCUUCCAUGACUGCCUCCUCAACGGCUGUGACGCCUCCAUCCUUGUAUCCUCCACUCCCUUCAACUCUGCUGAGCGUGACGCCGACAUUAAUCUCUCCCUCCCCGGCGAUGCCUUCGAUCUUGUAACUCGUGCUAAGACUGCCCUUGAGCUUUCUUGCCCCAACACAGUCUCCUGCGCUGACAUUCUCGCCGUCGCUACCCGUGAUCUUGUCACCAUGGUUGGUGGUCCUUACUACAAUGUGCUCCUCGGCCGCAAAGAUUAUCGCAUCUCUAAGUCAUCUUAUGUUGAAGGAAAUCUGCCGAAAACCACCAUGCCUAUGGCGGACAUUAUUAACAUCUUUGCUUCUAAAGGUUUUAGUGUUCAAGAAAUGGUGGCAUUGAGUGGCGCACACACCAUAGGCUUCUCUCAUUGCAAGGAGUUCAAUAGUUUCAUUUACAAUAGUACUCAAUACAACCCAAAAUUUGCCCAGGGGCUGCAAAAGGCCUGUGCAGAUUAUCCAAACAAUCCAACUUUGUCAGUAUUCAAUGAUAUAAUGACCCCAAACAAGUUCGACAACAUGUAUUUCCAGAAUUUGCCUAAAGGGUUGGGGCUAUUAGAGUCAGAUCAUGGGUUAUAUAACGAUCUAAGGUCCAGGUCUUAUGUGGAGAUGUACGCCAAGGAUCAGAACAAGUUCUUUCAGGACUUUGCACGGGCAAUGGAGAAGCUUAGUGUUUAUGGCGUCAAGACUGGAAGAAGAGUUAAGGACCUGGACAAUGAAGUAAGUGAAGAGGAGGAGGAGGAAGAGGAAGAAGAAGGACAUAGAAACGUUUCAAAAUCUCGGAAAAAAUUAGCUAGGGAGCAUAAAGAUCAGUUGCAAAAACUUAAAGAAAAGGACCCUGAAUUCUAUCAAUUCCUGCAAGAGCAUGAUGAGGAGCUUCUACAAUUUACUGAUGAGGAUAUUGAGGAAGAUGCUGAAACUGAUUUGGAGGAGACGAAAGUACAAGCGGAUGAGGAAAUUAGUGAUCAUGAUAUUGCUGAAAAGGAAGAGAAACCAUCUAAAAAUGUUAUUACUACAGAAAUGGUUGACUCUUGGUGUAAUUCUGUUCGAGAAAAUGGAAAAAUAGGUUCUGUUCGUUCUCUUAUGAAAGCUUUCAGAAUUGCAUGCCACUAUGGUGAUGAUGGUGGGGAUGACUCUUCAAUGAAGUUUACUAUCAUGUCCAGCGGUGUCUUUAAUAAGAUAAUGUCAUUUACACUCAGUGAAAUGGAUGGAAUUCUUCGUAAUUUGUUGGGGCUACCUACUUCUGGUGGUAAGAAAGAAACUAUAAAUAAUUUGAUGACCACAAGAAAAUGGAAGAACUAUAACCACCUGGUGAAGUCGUAUUUGGGAAAUGCUCUGCAUGUUUUAAACCAGAUGACUGACGCAGAUAUGAUAUCUUUUACAAUACGGCGACUCAAAUAUUCGGCUGUACUUUUGGCUGCUUUUCCAAAUCUAUUACGGAAGUAUAUCAAGGUUGUCCUUCACUUUUGGGGUACUGGAGGAGGUGCACUCCCUGUUGUCUGUUUUCUUUUUCUGAGAGAUUUAUGUAUUCGAAUUGGAUCUGACUGUAUAGAUGAAUGCUUCAAAGGGAUAUACAAAGCUUAUGUUUUGAACUGCCAAUUUAUAAAUGCUGCAAAGUUACAGCAUAUACAAUUUCUUAGGAAUUGUGUCGUAGAACUUCUUGGGGUGGAUCUUCCAAGUGCCUAUCAACAUGCCUUUGUUUUCAUCCGACAACUGGUGAUGAUUUUGCGGGAUGCAAUUACUAUGAAAACUAAGGAAUCAUUUCGCAAGGUUUAUGAAUGGAAGUUCAUAAAUUGCCUUGAGCUUUGGACUGGAGCCAUCUGUGCCUAUAGUUCAGAAGUUGAUUUUAGGCCUCUUGCUUAUCCAUUGACCCAAAUAAUUUCUGGAGUUGCUCGCUUAGUUCCAACUGCUCGAUAUUUCCCCCUUAGAUUGAGGUGUGUUAGAAUGCUGAACCGGAUUGCUGCUUCUGCUGGUACUUUCAUACCUGUUUCUACACUCCUUUUGGACAUGCUGGAGAUGAAAGAAUUGAAUAGGCGCCCUACUGGAGGUGUUGGGAAAGCUGUUGAUUUGCGUACCGUACUGAAGGUGAGUAAGCCUACCCUAAAGACACGAGCAUAUCAGGAGGCAUGUGUAUUUUCUGUGAUAGAAGAGCUUGCUGAACAUUUAGCUCAAUGGAGCUAUUCUGUUGCAUUCUUUGAACUGUCUUUUGUUCCAGCCGUGCGGUUACGUAAUUUUUGCAAAAGUACCAAAAUUGAAAGGUUCAGGAAAGAAAUACGUCAGCUUCUUUGUCAGGUUGAGGCUAAUUCCAAGUUUACUAAUGAAAAACGUAUAUUGAUAAAUUUUCUUCCAAAUGAUCCAGCAGCUACAGCUUUUCUUGAGGAUGAGAAAAAGUCAGGGGCCAGCCCUCUGUCACGGUAUGCUGCAACUCUGCGACAGAGAGCACAACAACGCAACGAGUCAUUGGAGGAAUCCAGUGUCCUUGUGGGUGAAAACACCAUUGUCUUUGGGAAUAAGGCGUCUGAAAUGAAUGAAGAUGAAGAUGAUGAUGUGGAAAAUGAGAAAGGUGCUGCCAUCUUUAGCUCCUCUUGGUUACCAGGAAGAGAAUCCAGGGCCAAGCCCUCCAAGGAGAAAAAGGAAAAAAAGAAAAAAACAAAGGGGCAGCAAGAAGCAGCGACUCUGGAUGAAGAUAUUGUGGAGGAUCUGGUACUUAGUUCUGAUGAAGAUGGAUCUGUGGAUGACUCCCUUGCUUCUUCUGAAGAUGAAGAUGAGGAAUCUACAUCCCCUAACCUGCAGAGAAAGCAGCAGAAACUUUCUGAAAAUUUACCCAAGAAGAGAUCUCGUCCAAGGAAGUCAAAGAAGAAAAACUCUGCGGGCCUCGCCUCUUCUGAUGGUAAAGGUGAUAAAGCCAAAUCAAUGCCUCCUAAACAGCAUGGCAAGAAGCCGAAACCCCCUGGAAUCUUGUCAAAGAAAAAUGUAAGAUCUCAGAACAAAAAGAGGAAAAGAACCAAUUAAAUGCAUUAGCAAAAAAGUUGAAAAAAUUUUGAUUAUUUAUAUUUGAGGAUAUGAUUUGUUUUGGCAUUAUAUUAAUAACUAUAAAUGGUCAUAUAAUAUGGUGUGCAAA